GAUGCUGCGGCGGAGGACGUGCUGCUUGGCCUUGCUGCUACUCGGCGCGGCGCUCACGGGGGCCGCCGCCGAGGAGGCUGCGGCGGAGGGCGCCGCCGGCGCCGAGGCCACGCCGACGCCUGACGCCGCCGCCGCCGAGGCGGAGCCCGAGGAGACCCAGAUCGUGCUGAACUGCGACGACGCUGAGCUGCUCGAGCCGCUCACGACGUGGAGCCCGGACUGCGUGGCGCAGUGGGCGGAGAACAUGGGGUACCCGCAGCUGAAGGCCGCCUUCCUGGGCAACAAGCUGACCGGGAAGGGCCUCGAGGCGCUCUCGCUCGAGACGCUCGAGAAGGAGUACGGCGUGGCGGACGAGCACGACCGGAAGACUCUCGCCUACACGGUCAAGGACAUGCUGCGCAAGGACAACUACAGAGGCAACACUAACGACUGGCAGAACUUCCUGCUGUGGCUCCUCCCAAUGCUCGGCGUCGGCAAGUGGCUGUCAAUGAAGUAUGAGAAGCAGCUGGCCAAGCUGAUGAAGAAGUACCGCAAGUGGCAGGAGGCGCGUGCGCCGCCCAAGCCGCUGAACUCGGAGCCGGUUCCGGAGGGAGAGACAAACGACUGGAUCGACGGCAUCAACGCGGACGUCGGCACCGACAAGCCCAAAUCGGUCAAGAAGCGCACCAAGAAGGCCACGUGAGCGCGUAUGGGCGGAGGGGCGAGUUGUCCGCGGCGCUGGGAUGCGACCGCGCGAGGCGGCGGCGGCGGCGGCCACCGCGCACGAUACAACACAACGCGCGACGGGCCGCUGCCACCCGUGUCACGAUCGCUGUUGGCUUUGCAACCCAGGCCCCUAGUCGGGGUGCCACAUGUAAGGUGGUCUGUUGUUGCUCGAAAAUUAAUUUCUUUUU